GUGCUGAGGGGGCACCAAAAAUAGCCUAAUGAAUUUUUUUUUUUAAAUGCCGGUAUUAUUUCAUUAGCCUAUAGAAAUAUUAGGCACAUUUUAGCCAUGUAUAUGUAACAAAAAAGGGGGAACAAGAAAGAUAUUUAAUAAUUGCUCUAGUCUAGUCUAGAAAGUACCCCCCACCCCCGUGCCGGAUGGUCCGUUCCGGUUGUUCGCGCGGGCGCCUGCCUGACGCAGUUUGACAGAUUUUGAGCAUGGCUCCGAAAAGACAGCAGGAGUCGGGUUCUAAGAAACGAAAGAAGAAGAAACUGCGAGAUGAUGCCCGUGCAUCACUUUCAGUUUUUUAUGGAGGACGUGAAGCCUGAAGGCUGGCGGCAGCUACUUCAGCCCAGCAAAAACAGCACGGGUCUCCUUCGCAGGUCCUCAUCAUGGAGGAGGCCUGGAGAGCGGGGUCAUUAUGAGGGCCCUGCGGCGCAGGUGAAUGAGCCUCCUCGCAGAGCUCGUCCACAGAGCUGCAUAGAAGGUGGCAGGAUGGACAAAUGGCUUCAGACGCUAGAGAGACUCCAAUCACGGCCGCUUCAGAAGCACAUACCUCAGUUUGCGGACAGGACGGUAUCAACGCCGGUUCUCCCAAAUGAGAUGACGGGAAGUAGCCCACUCUGUCCUGAUCUGUCCUCUCUCUGGAAUCAGACACCUACCGUCUGUCCCAGUGUUUGUGAGAGCCUGGAGUCUCAUGCAAGGAGCAAGAGGGUUCACAUUAAACCUGUUUCCAGUGCAGAAAGAGCUCAGUUCUGUGCUCUCGCUCCGGUUCGCUUUGGCUGGCUGCCCAUACAAAGACAUGUGAUACUGACGGACAUCUAUAACAACCACCAUGACGACAGCAGGUGCCAGCAGAAACUGAAGUCUCCCAUCACUCCAGUGUUGCUUCGCUCUCCUGCCAAACUUAACGGACCAAGACCAAAUGACACAGAAAAAGCACCCCAAAGUGGACUUUCCUUGUUUUAUUCAGACAGGGAACCUGUGAGACCUGAACCUACAGACUUCAGAUACUGGAGGACACCUGAAAAAACAUCAUCCAUCCUCCAUCAGGCUUCGGGAUCCGUGAGCUCAGAGGGAGGACGAAAUGGACUGCAGGCCUGGAAUCCUAAAGCCGGUUUGACCAGCAAGGUGGAAACGGGCCAGUCUCAGCCUCAUCCCGGCAGCCCGGCACUGAAACAUCCCACAUGCAGACGUGGAAGUGCACCAGACUCGUUCAGCUCCUCAAUAUCAUCCAUCACUAUCACUUCCAGGAAGGUCACGCACACGAAUUCUGGGCAUCUGAGCCCAAUGGCGAUUAAUGACCUCGCCGUUGAACGAAGAAAAGCCCUAGUGGUCAAAGUCACCGAACAGCGGACGAAAAGCACUAGCGGCCAGCCUGUCGCUCUGACCCCUGGCUGUAAUCAUGAAGAGUUUGACCACGGUGUGGUACUGAGGAGAAAGGCAACCAUUGUGAAAAUGACCGAACAGAGAGAGCAUUUCAAUCGAGAAAAGCCCAAAACAGCACAUUACAGGCACAGCUACACUGAAGGACUCAAAACGAAUGAAUCUCAAGUCAAUCCCUCGCCUAUAAACCGACCACUAACUGUAUCUUUAGAGCCAGGCGGAAACCAAUGGAGGUCUCAGAACAGAUCCAGCCUGUCUCUUUACCUCAACAACCCAAAUGAUAGCAGCGCAGAAGUGGAGACCAACACCAAGAAGCACAAGCCACUUCGAAGGCCUCUCAGCUGCGACGCAAGCUUGUUUAACCACACAGAACUUGGCGCAAAUGCAGUUACAGAUCCAGCGUUUCACAACAAGAGCUCUUCUGUUGCCCAGAAGACAAAUAUUGACCUUGUUAGUUCCAGCAGCAGUGAAGCAAGAAGGUGCUCAACCUCCAGCUGUGAAGACAGGAGCUUGAGGAAGGAGGGAUUUGAGUGGGAUCGAACGCAUGAGGAGCGCAAGGAACCCAUUUCAGAAAUCAAACCUCUCACGCUACUAAAAGUGGCAGAUAACUCGCCUCAUCUCAGCGCAGAUGCUGUCCUGGCCCUGAACGCUGCUGCGGUUAUCGCCAACAUAAAGCUGCAGGCCCAGCAGAGACAGAAGGAUGAGGGAAGACGAACUACAUCCCACACAGCAACAGCAGCAUCUUUAACAGAGGAUAGAGGGAAUAAUGAACACGGAGAGCUCAAAGAAGAGGCUGAUGGGAAGAACAAAACACAUCCAGCAGGUCCAUGUGUGGAGUUUGUCCCAAUUGAGUCCCAAAAUGUCCCUCCUGAAACAUCACUGUCACUUAGCGAGGCUUUAGCAAUCAGACGGCCUGAUUUCAUCCAGCGCUCACAGGCCAGAGUUCGAGCCCUGGAGUGGCGGUCGCAGGAGAGGCAGAAAGCCCAGAGCUCACCCCAGAGGCCCGAGACUGCUGGCAUCCAACAGCAGCGAGAAGGCCUUUUGAAAUCCAAAGACAGAAGCAUCAUGGGAAAGGGUCUACAGCUGCGCUCCAGGAGGAAUUAUAACCAGCUCCCAGAAGUGAGGAAGAGGAGAGAGGAAGAAAAGAGAAAAACAGAAGAGGAGAAAAGAAAACUGGCAUCUCGGACCAACAGGCUGCGGGCAGAACUCUUUAAAAAGAAACUUCUGGAGCAGAUUUUGCAGAGAGGAGGAAAUCACUGACAGCGCCUUGGACUCGUGUUUCUUCUCACUCCACAGUUCUCAUGCCGGCCCUUGAAAAAUAUGACAUGACUACAGUUAAAAAUGUUAUGGAAUAGUUCCUUUCAGAAUGAAAGCGCCUCUGGAUUACAUCUAUUUUCUCUAUACAUACAUGACUGCUCAAAAGUGUGAAAUAAGUAAGAACUGUACUGCAUUUAUUUGAUCAAAAAUACAGUAAAAACAGUAUGAAAUAUA